GAGAGGAGAGUAGCAUCGGGGCCCGGGGCUCUUAACUUCGGGACUGUCGGACACGCCUGGACUGCCGCAGCCAUGCCGAUGCAGAAACGGACCUCCGCUGUUCCUGCUGCGCUUUUCCUUUAUUUCUGCUUUCUGGAGCUAAGUUCUGUGCUCGCCUUCAACCUUGACACCAGUCAUGUCAUGAGGAAAGACGGAAAGCCGGGGAGUCUGUUCGGGUUUUCCCUUGCCAUGCACCGCCAACUCAACCCGGAUAAACGAAUGGUGUUGAUCGGUGCCCCCAGAGCCGGAGGUUGGGGAAAACAAACAGCCAACAUCACAGGAGGCCUCUAUAAAUGUGAAAUCUCCCCGUACAAGGAGUGUGAGCGGAUUGAAUUUGAUAAUGGAGAGAACCAGAAGGAUGAGAUUAAGGAGAAUCAGUGGAUGGGGGUGACUGUGCAGAGUCAGGGACCUGGUGGGAAGAUUGUGACAUGUGCUCACCUCUAUCAGAGGCUCAGCGCCCAGGACUCUACUGACAUCACCGGCCGCUGUUACAUCUUGAGCCAGGACCUGAGCAUCGACCCGUCUUCUGAUGAGGACGGAGGUGACUGGGCCUUCUGCAAGGGCAGGACCAGGGGACAUUCCUUCUUUGGCACAUGCCAGCAGGGUAUGGCUGCCACUUUCACCAAGGACUACCAUUACAUGAUAUUUGGAGCACCAGGAGCUUACAACUGGAAAGGGAUAGUGCGAGUGGAGCAAAAGAACGCGACUUUGCUGGAUAGGGGCGUGUACGACGACGGCCCGUACGAAGUCGGGGACGAGGGUUCCUCGAAUGCCGAUCUUGUGCCAUUACCUUCCAACAGCUACCUCGGAUUCUCUCUUGACUCGGGACACCGCAUCACCCAAAGCCGUGGUCUGACUGUGGUGGCUGGAGCACCAAGAGCCAAUCACAGUGGAGCCGUAGUCCUGUUGAAGAAGGAGAGCGAGACCUCCCGCAAACUUUUGUUUGACCACACUUUCCACGGGCAAGGACUCGCAUCCUCUUUUGGAUACGAUGUGGCUGUAGUUGACCUGAAUAAUGACGGAUGGGAAGACAUAGUUGUAGGAGCUCCACAGUUUUACAUGAAGGCGGGAGACAUCGGAGGAGCCGUUUACGUCUACAUCAAUAACCGGGGACAGUGGGACACAGUCACUCCUGUUCGUCUAAAUGGGACCAAAGACUCAAUGUUUGGACUGGCAGUGGAGAACAUCGGCGACAUCAAUCAAGACUCAUAUGCUGAUAUUGCUGUUGGAGCGCCACACGAUGACGAUGGUGCAGGAAAAGUCUACAUUUACCACGGCUCUGCAGAAGGAAUCCAAACCAGUCCUGCACAGAUCCUUUCAGGAAAAGACCACAACGUUAGGUUUUUUGGAUAUUCUCUGGCAGGAAACCUUGACCUGGACGAUAACUCUUAUCCAGACCUGGCCGUCGGCUCUCUGUCGGACACAGCUUUCAUCUACAGGGCCAGGCCACUCGUUAGCAUCAAGAAAAAAGUCACAAUAUCUCCGCAGGAAAUUGACCUCACAAUUAAAACCUGUGGUAACAGCAUUUGCUUAACUGUGAAGUCAUGCUUUUCCUACAACGCAAAGCCAGCUUCUUACAGCCCGAAACUAACUAUCAGAUAUGUUGUGGAGGCGGACGGAGAUCGCAGAAAACAAGGCCUGAACUCCAGACUGAUGUUCCUGAACCAGACCCACAGUGAAUUCGGCAACUAUUACUACAACAAUACCUUAGACCUACCUGGACAAAACCAGGAAAAGUGCAUCACGCUAGAUGCUAAGCUUAAGGACGACAUCAAGGACAAGAUGCGUAGCAUUCCCAUUGAGGUGUCUGCAGACAUUGUUAUCAAAGACAAGAGGCCAAAAAAUGGCCUCCCUUAUCUAUGGCCCAUCGUGGACCCCUCUCAACCGAGCAAAGACGUCACAGAGGUGAACUUUGUAAAAGAAGGAUGUGGAAAAGAUCACGUUUGCCGAAGUAACUUGAUGAUGGAGUACAGUUUAUGCUACAAAGACAGUAAAGGAGACAUGAGCCCACUGAAUAAAAGCAGCAACAACAUCCCUGAGUUUGUUCUGAAUUACGAGAAGAACAACUUGGUCGUGCGGGUGACGGUGAACAACAUGAACGGUGACGAUGCUUACGAGGCGAAGCUGGUGGGGAGUUUCUCAGGCGCCCUGUCGUAUUCUGGAGUCCGCAACACAGGGGAUAAGCUGAUCAGCUGCGUUAGCCAUGAUAACGUCUCUCAAGCAGACUGUGAACUGGGGAAUCCUUUUAAGAGAAACUCAAAGAUUACGUUUUACAUCCUCCUGAGCACUGAGAAUAUGCCUCUCAACACCACUGAGAUUGAGAUUGACCUGCAGCUCCGGACGACCAGUGUGCAGGAAAAUAUUGCCCAUGUGAAAGUAAAGGCAGCGGUGAUCAUUGAACUGCCUUUGUCAGUGAGUGGGGAGGCCAAUCCCAGGGACGUUUAUUUUGGAGGUGCUGUGAAAGGAGAAAGUGCGAUGAAGACGGAGGAGGAGAUUGGAACUUUGAUUACCUACACAUUCACGAUAAACAACUUGUGGAAACAUUUGAAGCCCUCUGUCAGUGGCGCGCUGCACAUUCAGUGGCCCAAGUCCAACAAAGAUGGGAAAUGGCUUCUGUACCUGGUGAAGAUCACGUCCAAAGGACCGGAGAAGGUCCGUUGCUCUCCUGAGUCUGAGAUCAACCCCGUCCAGAAAUCGCGAUUUCAGGUUUCCUCAGGGCGCCGGACGAAAAGAGAAACCGUGAAAAAAGAAAAUAAAUCUGCUUCUCAGUCGGGAAAAAGAAAAGUGCUGUCCUGUCAGACAUCGCAGUGUGUGGAGUUCAGGUGCCCUCUGCAGGGACAUGACGGUACAACAAUUGAACUGAGAGCUCGUCUGUGGAACUCCACUUUUAUUGAGGAUUAUACCUCCUUUUCAACCACCCUGGUUGUGAACGCCUUUCUUGUUCUUGAUACUCUGGCUAAAAACAUAAAGCUGACAGCUCCUUACACCCAGGUGAACGUGACGGUGUCCCCGGAGGGCAGCCCGGGUCAGUUCGGAGGAGCACCCUGGUGGAUCAUACUGGUGGCUGUUCUUGCAGGAAUCUUGAUUCUGGCGUUGUUGGUGUAUCUGCUCUGGAAGUGCGGAUUCUUCAAACGCUCCAAGCAGGACGAGAGCGUCCCUCGCUACAACGCGGUGCGGAUAAAAAAGGAAACUCCCGAGUACAGAGAUGGAAAAGCCAAACUGGACCUUAGCGAAAAGAAGCAGUGGAUGACGACUUGGAUCGACAAUGAGAGUUACUCAUGAGUGUUUUUAAAUACCGAUCACCUGCUAUUCUACGUGUUGUGACUGGACAAAUCGCAGUUGUUGUUUUUUUUAAUGUGGAUACGUUUUCUAGGAAUUAGUCAGGCUCAAUAUCUUGAACUUUUUUUACACUGUAUAAACAAAAUAUGUUUUGUAAGUGUUGUAUAUAUUUUAAAAAAACAAAUGUGCACACUCUAUUUAUUUUUUUUGAUAAAAACUCCUGCAACCAAAGUGAUUUCCCCCCACUCCACCGUAUCUGGAGUGGAGCAACAAAGUUUACUGCUGUUUUUUUAGGUCGUACUGUAAAAAGUCUAUGCAAGAAAGGUACAGCCAGCUUACUGUAAUAUUAAUUGUAAAUCUUUUUUUAUGGCUUUUUUUCUGUAAAUUUUCUGUUUAAAUGCUUUUUUUUUUUAAUUCUUUAAAAUGACAUUUAGGUACAUUGUGAGUCACAAAAACUCAGUGGAUAUUUUCAGAUGAGUCUCGCCCUCGUCUCUCACUGUGGUGGCGUUCAGGUAGCAUCCACUGUACUGUAGGUCGUCACUGAAUUAGCUCUGUUUGUAAUCCAAAGGGAAGAACAGCUGAAAUGUACGUUUUAUAGAUUUCAGUCAAAGUGCCUGUCUUAACUGUUGAUUUGUCAAGUAAAAAAAAAAAAAAAUGUUAAAGACUGGUUUCUAUUGUUGAA